AUGGAUCGCUCUCAGCACCAUGCAGGGAAUGGCAAUGAGCAGCCGCCUUCACGGGAGCAUGGUCGUGGUGAAGAUGAGAGACAACGACAGCUGGAGCGCCUCGGUAGGGAGGAGGCCUAUUACCAGUUUGUUAAUGAGCUCAAUGAAGAGGACUACAGGUUAAUGAGAGACCGCAACCUGCUUGGCACUCCUGGGGAAAUAACAGCAGAAGAGUUGCAGCAACGCUUGGAGAGGGCUAAGGAGCAUCUGGCAUCGCAUACUGAUCUGGAUAACGAAGAAGGUGAAGAUUCUGAUCUUUUUGGAGAAAACUCAAAUGGUGACUCUUUGCUUGAAUGGCUGAACACUUUUCAUCGCACAGGAAAUGCCACUCGCAGUGGACAGAGUGGGAACCAAACCUGGAGAGCUGUGAGUAGAACAAAUCUGAACAGUGGAGAGUUUCACUUUAGCCUUGAAAUCAACAUAAAUCAUGAGCAUAACAAUUUUGAAGCUGCCGAUGAGGAGUAUGCAGGUACAGAUAGCAGCAGAAUGCAUUCAGAAAGAAGACAUCAAAGAGCUGCCAGUCUGGUAACCCCACGAACGAGGAGCAGGCCUCCAAGAGAGGCAAACAGUGAGGCUUCAAGCACUGCAAGGACCAGGUCUGCACGAAGUUCUGUGGCGCAAAGCUCUGAAGCAGCCUCUCACCUGGUCUCAGGGAGGCUCAGGAGUAGAACAAGAGAGUUGACAGGGCUUUCCCAAAUGAACACUACACAUAAUAAUUCAGCUGCUACUGGUGAACAAAGAGAAGUACCUGAAAGAGGAGUCACAAGAGGUAGAGCUAGAACAAGUGUUCGGAUGAGUGCAAACCAAAGACUAGAAACUGUGCGGCUGAGGUCUACUUUAAGAAGUCGAAGCCGCUCACCACUGCAAAGGCAAGGUGAUGCUGCUAAUUCUGAGGAACAUGGGCAGAGACGGAAUAGAAAUGCACAUCAAGGCAACAGAAGUAGAAGACCAACAGCUCAGCCUUCUCUACACCCUGCCGAAGAACAAGCAAGAGGUAACACUCAGACUCCUCAGCUUUCCAGUGUAGCCCCGUCCUUGGGAAUAACUUCAGAAGAGGAGGAAUCUAGUAGGCCAGUAGCUGCUGUUAGGAGGCAUCCAGCAAUUACAUUAGAUCUUCAGGUGAGAAGAAUUCGUCCUGGAGAAAAUGAAGAUCACGACAGUAUUGCCAGCAGAACUCGUUCUAGAGUAGGAAUGGCAGGAAAUACAGUUACCUUUGAAAGUGACAUUGGGGGAUUUCGACGUACAAUAUCACGAUCGGAACGUGCAGGUGUUCGAACCUACGUUAGCACUAUACGGAUACCUCUUCAUCAGAUUUCAGAAACUGGGCUUGGUGAACCCUCAUCAGUGGCUCUUCGAACAAUCCUUAGACAAAUUAUGACAAGCUUUGGAGAACUGAGUUCUCUAAUGGAAACCGAUUCUAUCUCAGAACUGCAAAGAGGUGGUCAUCACUUACUGGAUGUACAGUCAGAGCAAAAUAACUCAAGUUCAGGAAGCAAUAGCAAUGAUCCAAGUGAGGUUUCAUCUAGAAAUGGGCAUGCAGUAGAAGGCAGCAGGGAAACAAAUGGACAGAGUGAUGAUAGUCGACGCUAUGGCCGCAAUACUGAAAGCCAAGAUAACAGGCAGUCUCAGGAUGCAAACAACCUCAUGGAAAAUGAAACGCUGUCCAUACUACAACUUGCCCGCUUCUUCCUGCUGAGUGAAGAUGAGGAUGACGAUCGUUUAAGAGGUUUAACCAAAGAGCAGAUUGACAAUCUUUCUACCCGGAACUAUGAGGAUAUCCACACUGAAAAUGAAAUAAGUGAAACAUGUAGUGUUUGCAUUAAUGAAUAUGUAGCAGGGAAUAAGCUAAGGCAGUUACCUUGUAUGCAUGAGUUUCAUAUUCAUUGUAUUGAUCGCUGGCUUUCUGAAAACUCCACUUGCCCAAUUUGUCGGCAGCCUGUAUUGGGGUCUAAUGCCACAGAUGAUGGCUAG